AUGGGACAGAAACGACCGAGAACGAAUCUGGAUCUGGUCAACGAAUGCGACAACUUUCCAUACUACUCAGACGGUCCCGAGGUAUACAAGGCAACUCUGCAGGAUUACUAUCAUUUUCUCCUGGAGGGAUAUGAGACAUGUCUGGGUUAUGUGACUUCGACAGUCGCAGCUCAACUACCCAUCACCCAACACUGGACUCGCGAUGACAGCAAAAGGCGUCUAAUCUUCCAACCCCGCGAUGAUAGCGGUGCACCAGUCCAGACACUGGAGGAGCGGAACAACAUCUUGGCAGAAUACCUCCAGGACGUCAGAGAGAGAAAGAUCUUUCGCGUCUUAGACGGUUGGCGUGCCGAACUCUAUCCAGUAUACGGUCCAAACAAGGAACUGCUGUUGAACAUGGAACGGUCCGCAUCGCCUCUGUUUGGAGUGGUCACUUAUGGUGUCCAUCUGACAGGCUAUGUGAGGACUGACGAGGGUAUGAAGAUAUGGACGCCUCGACGCUCCUUGACCAAGCAAACGUAUCCCGGCAUGAUGGACAACACCGUCGCCGGCGGCAUCAGCACCGGAGAAAGGCCGUUCGAGUGUUUGGUGAGGGAAUGUGAGGAGGAAGCCUCACUUCCCGCCGAGCUUGUCCGUUCAGCAGUCAAGGCUUGUGGGACACUGACAUAUUUUCACGUCCGCGAUGCCAGAGCUGGAGGGGAGACAGGACUCUGUCAGCCCGAGGUCCAAUACAUUUAUGACCUAGAAAUGCCGCCGGAUGUCAUACCCAGUCCGGGGGACGACGAAGCAAUUGACUUCCAGCUCUUGACGGUGCAGGAAGUUCAAAAGGCAAUGGCCGACGGAAGGUUCAAGCCAAAUUGUGCCCAUCUUUUGCUGGAAUUCUUCAUCCGGCAUGGCAUUCUGACCGAGGAAAAUGAGCCCGAAUAUAUCGAGAUUUCGUCCAGGCUCCACAGGAAGUUGGAAUUCCCAACUGCUUGA